AUGGUCUUCCUCUGUCCGAGUAACACCGAAAACCUUCUCGGUCUUAACACUCUCUCGGUCUUUUUCAGCCCUGCAGGAGUUUUGGCCUUAGCUCCAACGACGGACGCCGCUCCGUACGGUAGCAAUGCAGCUGUUGCCUGUGAACGUCCCAUCGUUCGGAAGGAGUGGCGCACGCUCAGGAAUGACGAAAAGCUCGAGUACCUCGCCGCGGUGCAAUGCUUUCUGACGAAGCCUCCGAUCACACCCAAGGCCGCCGCGCCCGGUGUCGGCUCGCGCUUCGAGGAUCUCGUAGCUACGCACAUCAACCAGGGCCAUUUCCUCGCCUGGCACCGGUGGUUCACGGCGAUAUAUGAGAGAGGCCUCCGCAAUGAAUGCGGCUACACAGGAGCCCAGCCGUACUGGGACUGGACCUUGGAUGUAGCUUCGGAAACAGACUUCCUGGCGUCGCCGGUGUUUGAUCCUAUACUAGGCUUUGGAGGCAAUGGACUGCUCAUCCCACUCAACACGUCGGAUCCGCUUUCUGUUCCGGGCCGCACCGGCGGAGGCUGCAUUCAGGACGGUCCGUUUGCGAACCUGACAGUCAACUUGGGGCCCUUGAGCGACCUCAGCGGCAAUCCGCGCUGCCUCGCACGCGACUUCAGUCCGUACUUUGCUGGAAGAUAUCUUGGGAUGAACCAAACCCAAGUGACUCUGAGUCAGCCAGACUUCGGCUGGUUCGACAGGGUCGUCGAGGGUGGCCCAUCAUUUGACGCGUCUGGCGUUCACGGUGGUGGCCACUACGGUGUUGGUGGAACGUACGGCCAGAUGGGCGAUCUGCUGAGAACCAUGCUGCCCAUCUUCUACAUGCACCACUGCAAUCUGGACCGUGUGUGGUGGUCAUGGCAGGCGAUGGAUCUGGAAGCGCGGCUGACAGACAUAUCCGGACCAAUCUAUCUCAUGGACUACGACAAUGCGCAGGGAGGGAACGUCACGUUGGAUUUUCCACUGUCGGUGGGCGUGAAUGCUGAGAAUGUGACCGUUGGAGACGUGAUGGACAUCAGGGGCGGGGUGCUCUGCUAUGAGUACGACCAGCUGUACUCGAGCUGA